AUGGAGAAGCGUACAAGACGCCUAGGACACAAGAAAUCGAGGAACGGAUGCCAGCGCUGUAAAGCACGUCGUGUCAAGUGUGACGAGGAACGGCCGUGUCAGAAGUGUGUUGCCCAUGGGGCACACUGCAGUCUCCUCGAUCGUCCCGCAUCGGUAACGGCCCCUCUCACGCCACCCGCCGCAGCCAAGCUUGCCCAGCAUGAACAGCGAUACGCGCCUAUUCAGCAGGCCGCGCCGGCGGUGACGGCCUCGUCAAGCUCGUCCUCGAAGCAGUCAAGUCAUGGCAUGCAAGAAGCGGCGAGUGAAGCAGGUCUCACCCCCAACACUGCAGUGAGCAGCACUUCUCCCUAUCCUGGGGGUGAAGCGGCGCCAGACCCGCGCAACCCCGCCACGGAUCCCUGGGAUCUCUCGGAGGAUUGGCUACAGAGUUUACGCCUGAUGCACCACUACAGCACCAGUACCCGGCACGUCCUGCCAAAGGAUGCCUGUACCGAAGAGCUCUGGAAGACGGCUAUACCCGAGAUGGCCUGCUCUCACAAAUUCUUAAUGCACGGCCUGUUGGCCUUGUCCGCCCUCCACUACGCCCAUGUCCACCCGCAACAGCGGAAAAAGUACGACAUCAUCUCGGUGAACCACCAGAAUGAAGCCCUGCGCUUCUUCGCCCUCCGUUUAAACGACAUCAACAAGGACAACUGCGAGGCCUACUUCUUCCUCGCGACGCUCAUCUUCAUCGUCAGCAUCUGCUCCGUCGCACAUAGCGAGAGCUUCGGUAGGUCCAUCGCCCUCAGCGACGUCUCGCAAUCCUUCUCUCUCCUCCACGGCGUAAAGGGCAUCCUCGACUUCCAGCCCAUAGAAGCCUGGAGGCAGCGCGGGGGUCCCCUCGAUGGCCUGCUGCGCCCACCCGUACUAACGCAGGGCGGUUGGGUGUCGACGUCGGUGUUCCAGAAGCGCCUCGAUGUCAUCACCUCGCUGGCGAGAGAGGUGCCCGCGUCCUUCACCGACGUCAUCAAUCCGCAGUCCGUAUGCGUGCUGGCGCUGGAAGGCUUGCGGAGGGCGCACCAGAUGAGCAGGGGCGAGGGGGAAAAGCCCGGCGGGGUGUGGGGGUGGUCAGCUACCCUGCCCGCCAUGUUUAUCGACAUGGUGGCCAGCGGGCACCCUACGGCGCUCGUCAUCCUGGCGCACUAUGCCGCUUUGGCAAAGCCGUGUGAGAAGGCCGACUGGCUUUGUGACGGGUGGAGUGGCGCGGUGAUGCGCUUGAUUGAGAGGACGUUGGAGGAUGAGUGGAAGCCGUGGAUCGAGUGGCCGAAGCGCAGCGUCUUUGAGAGGAUUGACGUUGAUGAUAUGGAAGUUUGA